GCCGGCGUUCUGCUCGCUCCCGGUGCAGUCCGCUGCGGAACUGCUGUGGAUGCUCCAGAUGGACAGGACGCGGAGCAGCGGGGGGGAUUAACCACGGCGUUUUUGUGUCCCCGGUGAGUAUCGUGGAAAAAUGUCCAGCAUUUUGCACGCAACGUCCAAAGCAAAAUGGAACCGGUCGGCCGCUGCGAAGCGGGCUGUCCUCUUGGUGGCCGCUGCGUACGGGGCGAAGGCUCUGUACCCCAUCAUCUGCAGACGGAUCCGCGCGAGGAAAGACCCCCGGAGCACCGUCGCCGCACCGGUAGAGGAAAACGGCUCGCUGCUGCCGCUCUCUGCCACCCCUUGCGCCCGGUCCCCCGCCGUGAACGCAGAAUUCUUCCGGCAGAUCGCCGAAUUGGCGCGGAUCCUCUUCCCCCGGCUGCUCGCCAAGGAGGUCGGGCUGCUCUGUCUGCAUUCGGUGGCCCUGGUCUCUCGGACCUUCCUCUCCAUCUACGUGGCCGGCCUAGACGGUCAGAUCGUGAAAACCAUCGUGGAGAAGCGGCCGCGCAGCUUCGCGCUGAAGCUGAUGCGCUGGCUGCUGGUCGCCAUCCCGGCCACCUUCGUGAACAGCGCCAUCCGUUACCUGGAAUGCAGGCUGGCGUUGGCGUUCCGGACCCGCCUGGUGGACCAUGCCUACCGGACCUACUUCACGGACCAGACCUACUACCGGGUCAGUAACAUGGACAGCCGGCUGGCGAACCCGGACCAGUCUCUCACAGAGGACAUCAUGGUGUUCUCGCAAUCGGUGGCGCAUCUCUAUUCCAAUCUGACCAAGCCCAUCCUGGACGUACUGCUCACCUCCUACACGCUGAUCCAGACGGCCCGGUCCCGGGGCGCCAGCGCCAGUGGACCCACCCUGCUGGCCGGGCUGGUGGUGUUCGUUACCGCCAAGGUACUGCGGGCUUGCUCGCCGAGGUUCGGGCGGCUGGUGGCGGAAGAGGCGCACCGACGGGGACACCUCCGUUACGUGCAUUCGCGCAUCAUCGCCAAUGCCGAGGAGAUCGCCUUCUACCGGGGCCACGCGGUGGAGAUGAAGCAGCUGCAGAAGUGUUACAAAGCCCUGGAGGAGCAGAUGAAACUCAUCCUGUCCAAGCGCCUGUGGUACAUCAUGGUGGAGCAGUUCCUCAUGAAGUACGUAUGGAGUGGCAGUGGAUUGGUCAUGGUAGCCGUGCCCAUCAUCACAGCCACCGGCUUCGCCGAUAGCGAGCUCGCCGACGGCCAGACCCAGGUGCUGGUGAGCGAGCGGACAGAGGCCUUCACCACGGCGCGCAACCUGCUAGCGUCCGGCGCCGACGCCAUCGAGAGGAUCAUGUCUUCAUACAAGGAGGUGACAGAGCUAGCCGGCUACACGGCCCGCGUGCACAACAUGUUGGCUGUGUUCGACGAGGUGCAGCAAGGCAUCUACAAGCGGGCAGCAGUGUCCCAGGCGGGGGAGGGCGAGAAGAGCCCAGUGCCCAUGCACAUCGACGGCCCCCUGGAGAUCACAGGGAGAGUUGUCGACGUGGAAAAAGGUAUAACAUGUGAAAGUGUCCCCAUAAUAACUCCCAACGGGGAUGUCGUGGUGUCCAGCCUGAACUUCAAGGUAGAGGAGGGGAUGCACCUGCUGAUCACAGGCCCUAAUGGCUGUGGAAAGAGCUCUCUCUUCCGCAUCCUCAGUGGGCUGUGGCCAGUGUACAAUGGCCUCCUGUACAAGCCAUCCCCCGAGCACAUGUUCUACAUCCCUCAGAGACCUUAUAUGUCCCUCGGAACCCUGCGAGACCAAGUCAUCUACCCCGACACGGUGGAGGACAUGCACACCAAGGGGUACAGCGACUCGGACCUGGAGCUCAUCCUGGACAUAGUCAACCUCAACCACAUUGUCACCCGCGAAGGAGGUUGGGAUGCAGAGAUGGACUGGAAGGACGUUCUCUCCGGGGGAGAGAAACAAAGGAUGGGGAUGGCCCGCAUGUUCUACCACAAGCCAAAGUACGCCCUGCUGGAUGAAUGCACGAGCGCCAUCAGCAUCGACGUGGAGGGCAAGAUUUUCCAGGCUGCGAAGGAUGCUGGGAUCUCGCUGCUGUCGAUUACCCAUAGGCCUUCUCUCUGGAGGUACCACACGCACCUGCUGCAGUUCGACGGCGAGGGGGGCUGGCGUUUCGAGCAGCUGGACACGGCCACCCGGCUAUCGCUGACCGAGGAGAAGCAGCGGCUGGAAUCACAGCUGGCCGGAAUUCCCAAAAUGCAGCACAGACUGAACGAGCUCUGCAAGAUCCUGGGAGAGGAUUCGGUGCUGAAGACGGCGCCGUCCGCCGAGUGACAGGCGGAUGAGUACGGCACCAAGGCCCGGCAUGCUCCAUCCUAACGCUUUUAGGGAAGUGGAAUCAGGGAUUUCAGGAAAACCACUCUUAGGAUUUUAAAUUGUGAAUGUGAUCGUUGGACAUGCUGAGAGUGACUGGCCUGUUUGUCCCUUACCCAUCAAACCUGUCCUCUUGAUGGCUGUUAUUUGGACCGGAGGUUGUGGUAUGAGCCUCGUUCACGCGCUCGUUUCAUUUAUAUUUCCUUUAUACUGCUUGGUAAUAUUGUUUCAGACGCUGACUCCAUCGUCUGGGCUCUGUGAUCCUGAAACACCGUGUCGUCUCUGAGCAGUGACCCGCUUGGAGUGUCAAUGUGACAACAAACCCAUUAUAAGUGAAGAUAGAUCGGUGGUAGAAGGAGCAUUCACUAGUGACACGGUGAGGGCCAGAAGGUCACUUCACCUGAAGAGCUGCUGUCCCUUUAGAUGUCACAUGUCCAGAAACAUCAGGCUGCUAGCCUGCUCCCUGAAAGCUCCCAUCUGAUUGGUCGCUUUCAUAAUACAGUCCUGUCUGAUAGGUCACAAUGAUAAUCUAUCCACCAUACAGUCUCGUUUGAUAGGUCACAUGUCCAGGACACAUCCACUAUGAAUUCAAAUAAUGUUAAUAAGUUGAUUAGGUACACCUGCUUCUUAAUGCUAACAGCCUGCUCAUCCAAACAGCCAAUCAUGUGGCCGCAGCUGAAUACAUACAGCACACAGACAGGGUCUGUCUGGCUAAGCAUUACAACAGCUAAGAUGCCUGACCUAAGCGAUUUUGCUCAUGGCGUGACUGUUGAUGUACAAUCGUGGUAGUCCCAGACACGCACCACAUUGUUCAGAGUUUACAGAGGAUGGUGCAAUAAACAAAAAACUCCCAAUCAGGGGCAUGAACACCAUGUUAAUGAGAGAGGCCAGAGGGGGGGUUAAAAGCCAACAGGAAAACCACAAGGGCAAAAAUAAAAAACUGAGUAAGACAGUGACGAACGGAAAGGCAUCCAUGAUCACACGAUCCACCAAGACUUGAAGUGGUUCUGGAGAAAGGGGUGUUUGGCAUUGUACAUGGUACCAGCUAGGUGUCCCUAAUGAAGCACCACGGUAUGGGUCACAUGAUACAACGCCACACCCCCAAGCCCCUUAAUUAGCGAAAGUCAGCAGGUGCUAAUCUCUGUUUCAGCUGCUCCACCUGAUGUCAUGUUUACAGGCCUGUGUUCUUGAGAAUGAGGAAAGCAGGACCCUUUUCUGUGACGCGGUCAGCGGGCGACUUUGCCCAUUUGAUGCUCAUCCCUCAUGCCCUCCUACAAAUUCAGAAUUGUCCCACAAUAGAUCAUAGUCUCGAUGUCGCACGACACGAAACUCACUGUUGAUUUUUAGCAUGUUAGCCAUCUUUGUGGUUCACUGUUGCAAGUCUUGCAUAGUUCCUCUUUUGAAUUAGAAACUAGUUUUUAAGAUACUGCCAAACCAUUUUCUUUCUGUUUCGAUUAUGCAGUUUUGUGCAUUUUAAUUAUGAUAGCUGUUUAUCAUGUAAUAUCCAGAAUCAACCCCUGUUGUUUUUUGUCUGUUAUGUAAUGUUUAAGCAUUUACAUCAUCUCAGACUGUGAGACUGAAAAUGUGAUCAUUUUAAUGUUAUUGUUGAAUGAUAAUUCUUAUUACUGGAGAAAAAAAAAACAUUUUUGUUCAUGUAACAAAAGAAUUUUAGAAUAGUUUGCUUGAAUGAGGCAAUGUGAAUGAUUAGAAAGACCGGCUACCCACCUGUCCCACACCGUAGGGUGUUCAGUGAGGUCAGUUGGCCUCCCGUCCCGCACCGUAGGGUGUUCAGUGAGGUCAGUUGGCCUCCUGUCCCGCACCGUAGGGUGUUCAGUGAGGUCAUUUGGCCUCCCGUCCCGCACCAUAGGGUGUUCAGUGAGGUCAGUUGGCCUCCUGUCCCGCACCGUAGGGUGUUCAGUGAGGUUACUUAGCUUCCUGUCCCACACCGCAGGGUGUUCAGUGAGGUCAUCUACAAUCCUGGACCAACUUUUACUAGCUAAAAGGUGCUGAAUUAUCGUGACAGCAGAGAAACACUGGAAACAGCUCACUGUCUUCUGUUACCCACCAGUUUUACCCAGUAUGAGGCCCCCAGCCUCAGCAGAUUCAUUCAGCAGAUUGCUGUCUGGGUGACGCCAAGCGGGAGAUUGGCUCUUUCGCACGCUGACUGACAGAGUCAUGCUUAUGGUCUGCACUGUAUAUGAAAGAGUCUCGCUGCUUCUCACUAUAGGAAAAGUAGCCGCUGUCAGCCACCAUGAACAAUCUCAGACACAGCCGUCAUUCAGCACGGACAUUUCUUCAUGCUUUACCUUGAUACAGGCACAUCAAAAAGGACAUCGAAACAUUUAUUAAGGUUUAGCCUGAAUGUGAUACUGCAUCCGGGGAUUGAGAUAUGUGUAAAUAUUGCUUUGCCAUGAUUUUUGAAUAAAUGCAAGAGACAACACGGUUA